AUGUCAAACAACCAUAACACUUGCCAGCAGUGCCAUCUACAGUCUGAUGCUAUUGCUAAUAAUAUCAAUCAUGAUUCUAUUGUUCCAAAGAAUGAGAAACAAUUAUUAUCAUCAUCAACGAGUACAACUUGUUCCAAUCAUUUAAAUCAAUUAUCCUCCUCAGAAGAAGAAGAGGUGCUAGCAUCAUCUUUGUCAUCUUGUAAAGGCUUGUCAAUGAAGGCUUUUUCGUCAUCCAUCACUAAUACUGGUGAUGAUGAUAGAACUGGUGAGGUUAUAGGUAAUGGUAGUACUACUGUUACUGCUGUUUCUGUUGCUGCUAAUAAUGGUGGUGGUGGAGAAGAUACAAGUCCAUUGAUGAGAACAUUUUCUAACAUGUCAUCACUGAGGCCAUCAUCAACAAGUAAUAAUUUUAAACAACAAUUAAUUCGUUCAUCACCAUCAUCGAAUAAUAAUUCGAAUAAUUCAACUAAUUUGAAUAAUCAUUCAUCUUCAACAAUAUCUAAAAAUCAAGAAAAUAGUUUAUUUGAUUUACUUGAUGAUAUUCCAUCUAUUACAACAACUCAAGGUGUUUCUAAUAAUAUUUCGAAUAACAUUUCUAAUGAAGUGGUGGGUAGUGAAUUGUCAUCUUUGGAUAGAACAACAUCUGUUCCUUCAUCUAUAAUGAUUCAAUUACUAUCUAUAAGUGAUUCAGUUACUUCAACUCCACAAUCACCAAGUAUUGAUCCAAACACUGGUUUACAAAGACGAAAGAGAAAGAAAUAUUUUAAAACAACAGAAGAUUAUAUGAAUUUAGAGAAAACAAUUUAUAGAGAAUGUUCCGAUAACAAAUUCAUAAUUUCCCAUAAAAAACGAUCAAACAGGUUAUCAGAAACCACAUUUGAACAUUCUGAAAAAUCCACCAAUAUUGAUGUUGAUAAUUCCAACAACUCUCAAUCAUCAACUUUAUCUAAAACAACAAUAACAAAUUCAAAUUCAAAUGUAACAGUAUCAGAAAAUGAAGAAGAGGAAGAGGAUGAAGCCACUAAAUUAGAAAGACAAAAAGGAAUUAGAACUGAUUUUAUUGAUAUUACAGAAGAAUUGAAUUAUUAUAUUAAACAUAAUUUCAUACAAGAACUUAGAAAUAGAUUGGAACAAGAUAGGAAGGAAAGAGAAGAAUCUGGCAAAGUGUUCAAUAUCAGUUCAAAUUAUAUUGAUAAGGAUGCAACGAAUACGACACUUUUACAUAAGGCAGCCUCUUUGAAUCGUUUCAAAAUUAUUAGUAUUCUCAUUGAUGAAUAUAGAGCUUUGGUAGAGAAGAAGGAUGGUGGUGGUUCAACUCCACUCUUUUAUGCUGUUGCCAAUAAUUGUAUUCGUGCUUGUGUUUAUUUAUUGAUGCGUGGUGCUAAAGUGAAUGUGAAAGAUAAUUUUGAAAAUACACCACUGAGUGUGGCAUUGAGAAAGGGAUAUUUAGAUAUUGCUAAAACUUUAAUCAUGUUUGGUGCUGAUGUUAAUUUUAAAACACAGAAAGGUCAAACAUGUCUUCAUACUUGUUGUGAGGAGGGUGAUUUGAGUAAGGUUGAAUUUCUAUUGGAAAAGGGUGCAAGUAUUUUGAGAAUGAAUCGUGAAGAUCAACAUUGUUUAUAUUCUGCUGCUCCACAUCCACAUUUAAUUGAUUAUUUGUGUAGAUAUUUACUUUCCAUAGAAGAAGAAUCUGUAUUUAAUAUAACAAGUAAUUCGAGUCCAUCACCAACCAAUUCAACACCAAAUCAUCAAACUCAACAACAACACUUGACAAAUUCAAAAUACCUAGAAAUUGAAGAGCAAAAUAAGCAUGACAAGUUAUUUGUUGAUCAAUUCGAUAGUGCAACUUCAUCAUCAUCAAGUUUGAGUGGUAGUGGUAAUUUAGCACCUAAGGAUGCAUUUGGAAAGCCAACACUUUCUAAAAUAGUGAAUCGUCUCUCUGGUGCAGGAAAUACCAUUAUUCAUCAUUGUGCUAAUUUUGGAUAUAUUAAUUCAUUGAAAUUGUUAAUUAACUACAUGUCAGGAACAGAUUCAAUAGUUGAAUGUUUAAAUGAGAAGGAUAAAAAGAAUGGUGAUAGUCCACUUCAUUUGGCAACAAGGAAAGGACAUCAGGAUAUAAUUCUUCUACUUGCAAGAGCAAGAGAAGUUGAUGUUGAUGCACAAAAUGAUGCAGGUGAUACUGCUCUUCACAUUGCAGUCAAUCAACAAAAUCAAGAAAUUGUUACCAUUCUAGUAGCAGCCAAUUGUAGUGUUGGAAUUAAAAAUAAUCAAAAAGUAACAGCCAAACAAUUAGCAAAGAAGCUAGGAAUUUCUCUCAAAGUGGAAGAAGAUAAAACCUUAAAGAGUUUGAAAUCUCAAAGUCAAGGUUUAGGAUUUUUCCAAAAGAUGAAAUUUAAAUUCAAGAAGGACACGAGUCAACUUUCAUUAGAAGAAAAAGCCAAAAGACACACCAGUGCAUUCCCAUCCUAUUCAACUUCCAAACAAACCAAUACAAGAGCAUCCAUUGUAAAGACAACUGAUGGUAAACGUUACAGUAGAAGCUCAUCCUCAACGAACAAAUUAACAUCACAGGAGGAGAUUGAUGAAAUGAUUAAGAAUCAACCAUUCAUUAAAUGGAAUGCCAAGAUGGAUUUUGACCCAGAAAUGAAUGAAUAUCACAAAGAAUUAUUCUAUCAAGUUAACAAAUUAUACUAUAUUUGGGUAGCUGAUCAACAUUCAAUUCAGAUACAAAUUUUAUUGAGUGAUUUCUUGGAAAAGACAAGAAAAUUCUUCUCAAAACAAGAACAAUACAUGCAAGAGAAUAAUAUUCCAGGAGCAGCCGGUCACAAACAAGAUCACGAUUUAUUCAUUUCAAAAUUGGAAGGAAAUUUAAUGAAAUUGAACACUUUGGAUUUUACUAUGAACGAAGAUUUAUUUGCAGAAAUUUCUACCAUGUUAAUUAAUCACUUAUUUAAACAUGACAUGCCAUUAUCAGUGAUAAUGAAAAAGAAGGCAAAUAAAUAAUAAUAUAUUCAC